ACGGUUUAUGUUAUCAGAACCAGAUAAUACCUGCGACGAUGUCACUGUCAGGGUUGAGAAGGCCAGUUUGCUUAAUUCCUAAAUUUGCUCUAUGUAUUGGUCGGUCAUUAACAGUUCCGAUAUGUGCGAAAAGAAGAAAUGUUCCGAAAGUAAUGUCUGUCCAAAAAUUCUCAGCAUCAGUUCCUAAACCAAAGAAAGAAACAGUGUCACUAUGCUUCAAGUUAACUGAUGGGUCAGAACAUACAGCUACGGCCAAAGUUGGUGAUAAUCUACUGGAUAUCAUAAUAGAUAAUGAUAUUGAUGUGGAUGGAUUUGGUGCUUGUGAGGGAACCCUGGCGUGCUCAACUUGCCAUUUAAUCUUCAAGCCAGAUCAAUAUGAACAAAUCCAUGAAAAGCCUACAGACGAAGAACUUGAUAUGUUGGAUCUAGCUUUUGGUUUAAGUGAUACGUCAAGAUUAGGUUGCCAGGUGAUAGUAACUAAGGAAAUGGAUGGUUGGGAGAUAGAAGUGCCCUCUGGUGUUGCUGAUGCUAGAGGAUGACCCUUGCUGAUCUAUAGGUCUUUUAACUGAACAAUUUGUAAUAUAUAUUGUUAUAGUAUUGUUAUGUGCAGGUGGCAUUCAUUUAUAGUCUGUCAUAAUACUACAGGUUAUACAAGGGAUAUUAAAAUCAAUGAUUAAAUGGUCUGUUUAUGAAAGACCUAUCAUCAUCAAUAUGUAAUUUAUCAUAAAUUCUGUUAUUUAUAACGGUAUCAUUGUAAGAUUUUUUAAAGGCAUUCUUGACUCAUUGUGUGCCAAUUUUUAUCGGCUGGGAUGUACUAGCCUUAUAUUGAUAAGAAGUUGUCUAGUUUGAUAUGUUAAUUAUAAAUUAUUUAAUUGAGUUAAUGAAUAUUGUAACUUGCAAAAAACUAAUGAGAAUCAGAUUUUUAUGGUAUGAGAAAUUAAAAAAAAAAAAUCUUUGAGCCUUUAGUUGUAUACCAGUUCAUCAGGGUUUUUUUUUUGGUUGAUAUUUAUGUGCAGGUAUCACUAGCCUGUCAACACUGAGGUUGUGAAUUUGAACCACACUAGUAUCAGGUGGAUUCACCUAUAUGAUUUGUUAGUUAGUUUUCCUGCUGAAAGUAGGGUGUUCUCUCCAGGUAAUCCUGAUUCCUCCAUCAAUCAAAUCUAUCCAUCACUUUAGCAAAGAGUGAUAAAAGUGGCAUUAAAUACAAGCAAUUAAUCAAUGUAAGCAAUCUGUCUGACUGCUUCUAGAUAUUAAAUGUUUAGCAGAAAAUCUGUAAAAUACAUGUGUGAAAUGAUUUUAACUGACUGAGAUUGAGUCCCAACAUAUUACACUCAUGGUAAACAAAAUACAUGUACCAUGAAAAUAUUGAGACGGUUGUCUCCCCUUAUGAAUCAUAUUGAAUCAGUGGAGAUCAAUUCUGAAAUAUUUUUUAAAAGUUGUAAAUAUCUGAUUAUUCUGCUGGUUAGAAAGACAAUCAUGUUGUAUGUGUGGUAUACCUUCAUGGAUUUAUGUUCAUGUUCCCUUCAUUUACAUUUUCAUGGACCUAUUGUUUGUAAAAUUUGCUUUUCAUAGAUACAUGAUAACCAUAUACAUUUGAAUAAUUUUAAGACCAAGUUCAUCCUGAAAAAUUCUUACUUAUGAUAACUUGAGUAUGAGGUCAUGUUCAUGAUGUCAACUGUGACAUAGAAGGCAAUACUAGUUAAUUUGAAAUAUCAAUUCCUGAGAAAGUUAAAAUUGAUAAAUGAACUGAAGUUGUCCCCCUUUGCUCAAUUUCAACCAUACCAAAAGAACAUUUAAUAAAUUGCUGCA